AGUGACUCACCUUUUGCAACGUCACCGCUCUCAGUCUCGUAAAAUAACUCAUUUUUACGAAGACACGGUUUCAAGCACUCUCCCUUCUCGUUGUUGUUUUUUCCGAGGAAAAAAAGAGAGAGAAAAUGGGUUCCUCAGAUAUUAUCGAUCACUCGCCUCACCAGGCUGAUCCCUCGCCUCCAAUUCCAACGGCCUCUAACCUUAUUCUUAUUGACAACUACGACUCUUUCACCUGGAACAUUUACCAGUAUCUCGUUCUUGCAGGAGCUACGGUUACUGUCUAUCGAAAUGACAAGGUCACUGUGGAUGAAAUCAUUGCCAAGAAACCCACCCAGAUUAUCAUCAGCCCCGGUCCCGGUCACCCCGAGACUGAUUCUGGUGUGAGCCGCGAUGUCAUUAGACAUUUUGCUGGCAAGGUUCCUAUCUUUGGUGUCUGUAUGGGCCUUCAGUGCAUCUUUAAUGUCUAUGGCGGAGAAGUCAGUUCAGCUGGUGAAUGGCUCCAUGGCAAGACUUCACCGUUGACCCAUGACUCCAAGGGUGUGUUCUCUGGUCUCAAGCAGGGUGUUCCAGUUACUCGGUACCAUUCUCUUGCAGGUACCCACGUCACUUUGCCUGAGGACCUGGAGGUUUCCUCUUGGGUGGCUAAGCCUGAUGGUUCCCCUGGUGUCAUUCAAGGUGUUCGUCACAAGAAGUACACCAUUGAAGGUGUCCAAUUUCACCCUGAGAGUAUCCUAACUGAAGGUGGACGAGCUAUGAUCACAAACUUCCUCCGCAUGCAAGGAGGUACUUGGGAGGAGAACACUCAGUUCCAGAAGUCUGGUUCUGCCAACAGUGACGACUCGGCUGCACCCAAGUCCAAGAAGAACAACAUUCUGCAGCGAAUUUACGCCAACCGAAAGGCUGCUGUGGAUGCUCAGAAGCGAAUUCCUUCUCAAAGAUUUGAGGAUCUACAAGUUGCAUACGAUCUUAACGCUGCCCCUCCCCAGAUUCCUUUUGUCAACCGACUACGACAGUCUCCUUUUGACGUUGCUUUGAUGGCUGAGAUCAAGCGCGGUUCUCCUUCUAAGGGCAUCUUUGCGCUGGAUAUUUCCGCCCCUGCACAAGCUCGAAAGUACGCUUUGGCAGGCGCAAGUGUCAUUUCCGUGCUUACUGAGCCUGAGUGGUUCAAAGGCAGUAUUGAGGACUUGAGAGCCGUUCGACAAGCCUUGGAUGGCAUGCCCAACAGACCCGCAAUCCUUCGUAAGGAGUUCAUCUUUGACGAGUAUCAGAUCCUUGAGGCACGAUUGGCUGGUGCGGAUACUGUUCUGCUCAUUGUCAAGAUGCUUGAUUCUGAGCUUCUACAAAGACUAUAUAACUAUUCUCUCCAAUUGGGUAUGGAGCCUCUUGUUGAGGUUCAGAAUGCUGAGGAGAUGACGACUGCAGUCAAGCUGGGCUCCAAGGUCAUCGGUGUCAACAACCGUAACCUCGAGAGCUUUGAAGUUGAUCUCAACACCACAGGCCGGCUACGCAGCAUGGUGCCUGAAAGCACAAUCAUUUGCGCGCUCAGUGGUAUCAACACCCAUGAUGACGUUUUGAUGAACAAGAGGGAUGGUGUCAAUGCUGUUCUAGUUGGUGAGGCCAUCAUGAGAGCCCCUGACGCCAGUGUUUUCAUUAGCCAACUAUGUUCUGGAACCGAGCCCCCUGCUAAAUCUGAUGUCGCGUCAUCAUUGUACGUCAAGAUUUGCGGUACUCGAAGUCCUGAGGCUGCCCUGAAAGCUGCCGAGUCAGGGGCAGACUUCGUUGGCAUCUGCCUUGUUCCUGGUGCCAAGCGAUGUAUCUCACAUGAGACUGCCCUUGCAAUCUCAGAAGCAGUGCACACAUAUCCUAGCACUCGAAAAUACGAAACCCAAGUAGCAGUAGUAGACAACAAAGCCAAGGACUACUUCGAAGCUGCUGCCCAAAGACUUCGUAGCCCUCGACCUCAGCUCGUUGGUAUUUUCCAGAACCAGCCUCUGAGCGAGGUUUUGGAGAAGCAGAAGCAAUACGACCUUGACCUAGUCCAGCUUCAUGGUGACGAGCCUAUCGAGUGGGCAAGCCUCAUCCCCGUGCCUGUCGUCCGAUGCUUCAAGCCUGGCCAAGUUGGAAUUGCGCGUCGAGGAUAUCAUACUGUUCCUCUUCUUGACUCCGGCUCUGGAUCCGGCAAGCUUCUCAAUGUCACCAAUGUCCAGGCUGUUCUGGAGAGCGAUCCUGAGCUUCGAGUCUUCCUUGCUGGUGGUCUCAACCCUGACAAUGUGGCUGAAUCUGUCAAGGCUUUGGGUCCCCUGGCUGAUCGAGUGAUUGGUGUUGAUUUUCUAUUCUUCUCCUCAUUCGACUUCUACCUCCUAGACCCAAGUACAACAUUGAUCGGUCCUCGUCCUUCAGCUUUUCGACAAUUUAUCAACAUUACACGAAUUGCAGCAGACAUGGUUGCUCAGAUCUUCAAGAGCCGUAUAAUUGCAGCCGCAGGGCCUCUCCCUGGUCAGUUGACAGUGGAAAACCUGAGGCGAUGGACCUCACUUCGCAAAGGCGUCUUUAUCGAGGACUUUGACGAGACUGUCACUCAUCUCCUCUGCACCAAGGAACAGUUCGACAAGAAACUUCCCAAAGUCAGAAAGGCAUUGAAACUUGGAAAGGGCAUUCACAUUGUUCAUUGUGACUGGUUCGAGUACUCGACAGUCAAGAACAAGAAAUUGCCUGAAGCGGACUAUUCCAUGAGAAGUCUCGUCGCAAAGGAAAACGCAAAGAAGAGAGAAAAGGUUCGGAUCGAGAAGGGUAAAAGAAACGCGGAGAAAUUUGUUAACACAAACCUCUUCCACCUCUAUCGAGACCGUCUUAACUUUGUCUACCAGGUCGACAUCACUCGAGAUAAUGAGUUCACAGGCGAGUUCGGACAGAAGUAUUCUCUUUGCUUAUGGGAGUCCAACGCCAAACCCCACUUGUACUGGUUCACGGCCAAAUUUCUCAAGCAUAAGGGCAGCGCUCAGCCCGUGUAUCACCGCCCUAGUCCUCACGAGGGAAAAUGGAGGGCGCAGAUGGGGCUGUUCGUGGACUUCUUCAAAAAGAAGACCGGGAUCGAUUGGCAAGAUCGCGUGUCACUAGCCCAAACAAUGCCCAGUUCGUAUUUUCAGUACGAGCCUCCGUCCAGAGGGAAACCCAUCGGGAGACGUCUGAAGCACGACAUUGAGUAUUGUCGAGAGAUCAAUGCUGGGAUUCGUGGAUUGCCGUGGCCUCCCCUCGAGGAAGAAGAGCGUAAGACUGACUCGGUUGAAGAUGAGUCUGAUGAUGGCCCAAGAGCCCUUGAAGAAGAAGACGAAGACGAAGUGAUGGUUUCACCUCCCGAUUCCCCUUGCGCUCCAAAGGACGAGUCUGGCGCGGAUCCAAAGGAGUCUGGAGACGACAUUGAAAUGGCUUCUCCUCCUGAUCCUGAGAAGCUUACCGAUGAAAACGAUUCCUGCUCCAGCUUUAAAAUCCCUCGAGAAGAAAGGGAAGAUAUUCCCCCUUCUGAGUUUGAGCAUUCUCAAGACGAAAAAGCAGCUAUCGCUAAUUCAGAGACCCAUGAGGGCGAAAAGAAGGCCGAAUCACCUCCUGAGUCUGAAGAAAUUCAGGAAGCAGACAAACCGCCUGAUGCCCCUAUGCACGCAGAGACCAAGAGUGCUCUUACUACCCCAGCCUCUUCUAUUGAUAAGAAAGACCUCUCACAUGCAGCAGAUGAGGGCGCCGCCGUGGUUCCUGGUGAUGUAGGCGAGAUGGGAAUCUCCUUCGAAUUCGAGACACGAGAGUCUCUUUAGUUGGAGUUCAUCUGAUGGUUAUGGGUAUUACAGGCUUGCUAUCUUGCUGGGCAUGACAGAAACGAGUGCGCCAGGUCUCGGGUUAUCAAUUUUGAAUCUCAACCCCAAUUGCUAGGGAGCUUGAGAAUGGGUUACUAUCGGCUGGGGCAGCAUAUGAUUGGGACGUGCAUACCUUGGGAAACUUGGGGACAGUCGCUCAGUAGGCUUGGCGUAUAUGGAACGAUAGCUAGUUACACAGCAAUGCU